CAUCAUGCAGCGGUUGGAUGGCUCCGUUGCCUUUCACAAUCGCACCUGGGACUCAUACAAGACGGGUUUCGGUAGUAUUAGUCAAACGAGCGAAUUCUUCUUGAGCCUGCAACAUUUGCAUGAACUCACUGUUAAUGACUACUUUGAGCUAUGCAUUGAUUUGGAGGAUUUCAACGGUGUAGAAAACUAUACACAGUACAGCGAUUUCAACGUCCUUGGUGAAAAUACCGCGUAUAAAUUAGGCAUAUAGGGAGCUUACGAGGGCACAGCUGGCGAUUCGUUCAAGUAC